UUCUCUUACUAACAGAACGAGCGAAAGCCCAACCUCGGUCAUGACCUUCGGGGCGAGCCCUCCAUGGGAGGCGGCGGACCCCGAGGCGGAGGCGGCGGCGUCCACCCGUCUCAGGGAGUCCACGGAGGAGGCGGAGGCGGCUCCCAGAGGUCGCACUCGUCGGCCCCUUCGCACCAGGCUCCUGGGUCGGCGGGUCGCCACGGGCCGCCACCGGAGGACCACUGGUCGUCGCAGCAGCAGCAACACCACCACCACCAGCAGCAACAGCAGCACCAGCAGCAGCACCAGCAACAACACGCCUACCAGCAGUCGCACCAGCAGCGGGGGCCCCCGCCAGGCUCGGGCGGGGGCUCGCUCGAGCCGUCCCACUACGAGCACCGGUCACCGCACGAGCAGCGCGCCGCCUCGUACGCGUCGCGGCCGGUCGUGGGCACAGCGCAGCGAUGGUGAGACGCUCCUCCUGCCCGCCCGGAGACGCGCCUGCCUGCAGACCCGGCAGCUGAAGCGGCGCCGAGCGGUGACGCCACCCAGGAGGUCUUCGACCCCGGUGGUGGCCAACGGCAAGCAGUCGCCGGUGCCGGCGACGCCAGUUGCCGAGUCGCCGGUGCCACCGCCGGCCCUGCCGCAGCCGAGGCCCAAGAAGAAAGGCCGGUUCCGAUUUCUGCACGCGCUCAAAAGACUCUUCGGCAUGAAGGGAAAGCGUGGCGCUGCGCCUCCACCCGUGCCGUGAGAAUGCAUACCACCGACUUAGGGGUCCGAGGGGCCUGAUACCUGAAGGUCUGAGUGGAGCGUCGCUCGCUUCGAGAGGCUGCUGGAUGUGUUGUGUUCACCUGCACCGCCGGGUGUUUGGCGACAACGCUGAGAGCUCACGCCGUGGUCUCUACCUGCACGGCUCCGCUUCUUGACGGAGUGUGGGGCUGAGAUACCUGGAUGUCGAUUGUUCGUCCUGCUUUGCUAUGCGUUCGAGGAGGGUAAGGCUCUGGAAGUUCUGUCAAGUGAUCGACGGGUCGUCAAGAAGGAUCAUGUUACGAGACAUUGGAGUCUAAAGAAAUGUGUGAAACCGGAUUGGAUCACGUCCUCAAAAAAUGUAUAUUUGGAUUUACAGGAGGAGACCUGCUGAAUGACAUCUACAGAAGUGAGGGAGAAGUGUAACCGCGGUGAUAUCAUCAUUCGCGAUGUUGACCCACACGCUGCAAAGCAAGCGGUCGAUUUGUUUAAGAGAAGUGAGCGAACACACUAAACUGGAUACACCAGGACACUGUGGUCAUUCGCGGAAGCUUGAUAAAAACGCACGGUUCCGGGAACAUUUCUUCCAGUAAUAACUGAACAAGACUGUAGAAACUGAUCACUCUCGUAAGCUGACUGGUUCCCAUUCGUUCGAGUUCUGGAAAUGUUGUCGAACCCGUCUACCUCUAGAACUCAGCCGCGAGCCACCGGCAUCUAUCAAAGACAUCCACCAAACCCUCCCUCGAUCAGACCAGGCACCAAAGGUUUUCUGCGGUCAAGAUUUAUUGUCGUUCCGUGUGUUCUCUUGAAGCAGGACGAACAAUGCGAUCCCGCCUUUGCUUCGUUCUGGAAGCGGUUUCUUGCUUUCUGCUCUGAUAGUAAAAAAAAGAAAGCCCCCUUCGGUGGUCUGCUGGUGCCGAUCAACAUCUGCCGUUACCUCAAUAGCCUUCAUUUUCACCCUCGUUUGGAGCGUUAUGCUUAUGAGCGAACAACCUCUUCGUCACCACGCCGUCUGAGAAAACAAAAGGCCACAUGCUCCAUUCGGUGGUCGUCGCUGUUGAAACGUUUCGAAGAAAGAGAUACUCGCCAUCUUCGUGCGAAAGACACGGCCGUAAGAGAAACACGCCUUUCGUCGCAACAUUGCUCAGCGAGCCAUGGGCGUUGUGACGCGAAUGCAUCGCGGACGAGAGACUUUCGAAAACCUCCACCAAACCCUAAAAAGUAGACCCACCACCCACAACCAACCAACCAUUUCCGUCACUUGCUGCGAGUACGCUGCGUCUAUCAGCUGGGGCGUUAAGAAAAACGGACAACUUCCGCAAUGGUGUCUGUUCGUGCGCGUUGUUUGUGCGCCUCCGGCAGAUAACGGCAGACGCCAAAAAGAAAAGGAAGCCGCCUGCCUGCCUGCUAACCUGUAUUAGCCCGUGUGAAUUUGUUCUUCGCAAACAAACUUUUUCAAAGGACUUUUACGUGCAUUAUUUUACCUUCUUCGUUGUUCUCGGCGGAUCCCUUCCUCCCCGUGUUCCCAUAUGAAAGCGUCGUUUCGAAGGAAGCAUAUGAUCAUAUUUCAAUGUACAAAGGAACUGUCUUAACUGAAUUUUCAUGUCACAGGUCCGCGCGUCAUUGAGCUAUACUAUAUACAAUAGCAGCUGUGCGGUUUAUGUGCUGUGGUCACCGUAUAGUAGCAGUAAAUGCCUACGCCGCACGCAAACACACACACAUACACACGAAUACACAUGUCUCGUUGUUCGCACUGGGGCCGUUUUGUUGACACCAAGGUUUUGUCUUGUUCACACUCGUUUAUCUCUUUUUUUAUCCUUGUUUAGUUACACCGCGAGACGUUGUCUAAUUGAAGCACUGAGUGUCGCCUUCAUUAGCACUGUAGUCGGAUACAACUUUAGAAAUCCGCGGCAUUUCCUCCUCAAAGGCAAGUGCACACAAGCCUGAACCAAUGGGCACGCACUCCAACAUGACGUCACGAGACGGGCGGCCAGUGACCCCGCCUUCGGAGAAGGGCAAACGCGUGUCCCCUCUGCCACACUCUGCCAAUGACGCGUAGGUCGACGUGCUAAGCAUGAGCGGGACUAUUUCUUUAGUCGCGGAGGCGAUCGGCUGCCGCGCUUCGGUCGUCUGGGCGGGGCCUCCCCGGACUUCUUAAGUUGUAUCCGACUGUAAGUGAAUCCGUACUGCUUAUGUACAUCGGUGUCUGUGCGUCACUAGCCAUUCUUUUUUUUAGUCACAGCGUGAGACUAGGUGGAAAAGGUUAUGCGUGCGUUCGGAUUGGACGUCCGUGAGUAGCACAGCUCUAUAGUUUCGGUCUCGAGAACCUGAAAGCGCGCGUGCGCAACACGCAAAGAGAAAGACUGUUUUUACCGGCCAGCCGUUUAGCGAAGAAGACGUGGCGUUUUUUUCUUAGGAGUUUAAAAAAAAAGAAAGAAGGGUCGCGAGACGCAAUGAGAUGAUGAGAGCGGCGCCACUUUUGCACAUAUCCGCGGACAAGUCGCCCGCCCCGAGUGCGCAUGCGCGCACGCCGAUCGGUCGGCCACAUCGCGCCCCCCAUUUCCACGUGCCAACAGCGGACGAUUCCGCCAUCUCAGGAAUAUCGAUCCGUAUUCACCCCCAGCCGCUUUGCUAUCGUAAAAUCACUUCUAACUAUGCGGACCUUCCCGACCUUUUGAUUCUUUUCUGGCUUCUCCCAAGACGAAUGGGGUAUGAUUGCGUUUUCGUGUUUGUCCGUGCGUGCCUGUGUGUCGGUAUACCCUUGGCCCCUUCCCGUUCGGGCCUUGUCUUAAGUAUCCCGGUGUUACGUACAGCUUCAACUUUCUGUUUAGGUUUAAUGUUAGCUUCAGAAAAUGGCAACCGUUUGCGAGACUUUCACCUGCACGUGAGUUGUUCACCGUCAGGGCUGGGUGCGUUUGACGAGACACAACACAUUUAAACCGGGGGUAAAAAAGUACUGAACUCUCACAACGUGACGACGCGAAUCUCGGUAACCGUGUUCGUGAAGAUCGACCAAGCUUGAUAUGAGCUUUCGGUGCAGAAUAGCGCAGUUCCAAAUUUUCUGUCCUUAAUUCGACUGCAUUUCAACCUAUACCCGGAAUUCCGUCAGGGUAGUUCGAAAUCAACUGGUAAACGUAACACCCUUCUCGUGAAAAAAAAAAAGUUCGUAAUCUAAAGAACUUUUCCUAAGGCUAAUAACAAUACGCGAAUGCGAAUCGUGUUCGAAGUAAUGUUAAAGAAAGCUCACAUUAACUGAUUACUAAGUGAUUUCGGGGAUUAAGUGCCUCUUGAGUACUCUAAACAUGGACAGCGCAACCUUAAAAUUGAUGGCUUCGACAAGCUUCUCAGUACCAGCAUUGGAUCAGGUUCGCUUAGUUCUUGACCAAGCUGAAGCGUUGUUAAGCGCAAUCUAUAAUAUAUUGAUAUUUCAAUAUGUUGAUAGUGUAGCCACACUCUGCCAAUGACGCGUAGGUCGACGUGCCAUCUCACACGCUAGCUGUCAUUGACCUUUAUCGGUUAGCUCAGGAACAGAUUAUUUACAAAGUAAAGACAGUGUUUAGCUUUACGGGCAAACGCGUGUCCCCUCUGAGGAUUCUUCUGUCUGGAAAGUACCAGCGUGUGCGCUCUUGUGCGUUCCCGCGGACGGUUGGUCCGCGUACUGAUAGAUUGUGGAAAACGCUAAGAGGGCUCAGAAUGUACAGCAUUGUCCACUGUAAAAGGGAACGCUCGAAUUAGCGCCUUUCAUACUGCUGGCCUCAUAACUGCAUGUGAGCGUGAAAACAUUGUUCGUGAACGGCACUAUAGUCGGAUUCAACUUUAGAAGAUUUCCUCCUCAAAGGCCGGAUGCACACAAGCCUGCACCAAUAGGCGCACACUCCAGACUGACGUCACGAGCAGGACGGCCGGUGACUCCGCCUUCCGAGAACAUAGCCGAGUUCAUGAGCGGGACUUUUCCUUUAGGCGAUUGGCUGCCGCGCUUCGGUCAUCUGGGCGGGGCCUCUCCGAACUUAUUUUAAGUUGUAUCCGACUAUACUCUGUCAAAAAGGAGUCAGAACUGUCUACCACCGGCAGUCUUAUGAAAAUUAAGACACGUUUCCAAGAAAGCUGAAUCCGGACAUUCCCUGUGCGCAAGUGUUCCCUUUAGCACUGGACCCGUCUGUACUUGUCUUCUCAGAAGAAAAGCUUGCCUGCUCGAGCUUUAGCCGAUUUUCUUAGAAAGUCCGAGCUAACGGUUAUAAAUAGUUUCGCGGUAUAAAAAAGAAUGUCGACCAUGCUCGCUUCGGGGUUUCGCGAACUAGAAAAAAAGAGAUAAAUCCUGAAGCCGAAGCCUUGUAGAGUCGAUAAAAAAUGAGCUAUCCGCCUUGCUGAAGCUUUGGUGCUAGGUGUUUUCCACCUAACUGAGCAUAGAAGUUAGGUGCACUGUGUAGAAACCCUGCGACAAAGCAGCGUCGAUUUCAGAGGAGACGGGGCGGCGGGUAUCUUGACCUUGUUUUUCUUAGAUCAAUUGUACUUUUUAUGAACAGUUUGCAGCUGCUAGCGCCAUUUGCUUAUGCUGGCCGCGUUUGUACAUAAGGUCCUCAAGAAUAUCCCAACAAAUGAACAUUUUCACACACUAUUACUACCUUUUUUUUUUCCUUCGUUACCUUUCCUUUACCUGCGCUCAAUUACGAGCGCACGCUGGCAGACUUUAACGACGCUCAAACCGAUUUAGCGGUCUUCCUUUUUCCACGUAUGUCAACAUCACUUACACACACCAUAUAAAAAGCUUUAAGUAUUGAUAGGAUGUGAGGCGUAAGCCAUGGGACAUGCCUAGCCACCUUGUAAGAAAUGUAAGAAACGGCUUAGUUAGCCUUCCAAAGCUUGUGGGAGACUGAAGCCACGACAAUUUUAUUACUUUUUUUCCGUAGCACGAGCAUACAGAUGAACAAGAGCCUGGCAAUCCAUGGCGCUACGAAAUUGAAUGCCUUGAUAUCCCUUUUUGCUAGCGUUGUUUCUUGUAAUGUUUUUCCUUUGCUUGCAGAAUGUUCAUCUAUAACAAAUAACCUAAUUUGACAUCGCGAUGAUUAUUCUACUACCGCAGAAUUAGGGACCGUUUUCUUCACAAAUGCAUAGCCUUCAUAACUCAAUUCAGCCGUUAAUUGAGGAGACUCAAGUUGAUCGCGCCUUUCCUGGAAUUUAUUUCUUGCAAUGUCUUUGUAUAAUGGAUUGACUGGUGUGCGCGUUUAGCGAAGUCCUCGCGAAGUGUUGACUGAGCAUGCGGAGCGUUCCUGCGGCAUUGCGAGCUGCGUUCUGUGAGAUAUCGCUGUGUACAGUUAAGAGACUGGUGUGCUGUAAUGCUACCUACGUGUGCUUGCCCUUCGCGUCGGGUUAAAUAUUGUUAUAUGAUGCUAGGUUGGAACCUUAUGGAAAAGCUAUUUCUUGUUGGUGUCUCGAGUUGCCACGGCGUGUGUGCGGAGCCGGACAGGAGUAGUUGAAAUGGUUAGAAAACGUCUCGUAAAAUUUAUAUUUGCGACCAUGCUUGAGAAUGAAGGCGCCUAUACGUGGUGGUCGCCGCUUAAGGUGGCUCGUGACAUUAACAAAAUGAAAAGAAAAAAAAACUAUUGGCUGACCUUUUUUUGCUGCCAUAACCACCACCACCACACCUCGACGCUUUCUAUCAAUUUUUAUUUUUAUUUUGUUUCCAUUUUUUUUUUCUUUACCAGACGCCUCCUCGUAAACGCUUACCCCCCGCCGAACGCACCGAGCCGCUCACAAAAAUACCCCAUGUCUCGUCGCGCAUCCAAUCUCUUCUAUAAGCACCUUUCUUUCUAUAUAAUUCUCUAUAGAAUUCAAGCGGGUCGUGCAUGUGAAAAUAUAUAUGGUAUAUCCUACGUGGGAGAGCGCCAGUGUUUGUCACAUAUCCUCUUUAAGAAAAAAAAAGCUCCCGUCACUGUCUCACAGUAUCAAAGCAGCUGCCGACGUCAUGUCAUCCCGCCGCGGUUUUAGGUGUUUAUAUGCGGCUCGUCUUGCGGACGAGGACGUGUUGAUUGCACGGAACUUGCGCUCGUAUGUAUAUAUGCAUAGUAUACAGCGUGACCCGGUGUUGCUGUUCUGUACACUGUCGAAUUCCUCCAUAUGUUAUUUUUUUGUCAGAUUCCGUAAUGGCGGCAUCUUGAACCAAUCGGAGAGGCCGCAGCGGCCCUCUGGGCCAAUCAGAACUGACAAGAUGGCGGAAUUCGAGAAGAUGGCGGAAUAGCGGCGGUAUCUUGCAGUGUCCAGGACAGUAACCCCCUGUUACGGACAGAGAAAUGGAAGUGUUGCGGAGUCGAACCCGUGUCUCGAAUGAUCGCGAGUUAGCGCUACUGUUUAUGGCGAGGGAUAUAGGCGACUGGGGAUGUACCAGAGAAUUCAAGAGGUCUCAAUCCACCGCCACAGCCACCACACGUAUAAUAUACAUACAUAUGAAUGUGCCUUUUUCAGUUGUAACCUCUCUUUACCCCAUUCUUCGCUGGUGUGCAACGCGUGUCAGCCGUGUAUCGGUAGCGUGCAUAGAAAAAGAAAAAAAAGCGAGAGAAAGAUAGACAAACAGGAAAGGCGGUGCAUGUUUAGUUAUAAUUUGUUCUUUCUCGAUCUAUCAUCUUCAUUUUAGACGUGAGCACGCGAGCGCUAUGUAAAUAAUGUUCACACGCAAAAUACACCACAUUCUUUUCUUUCUUUCACGUCCAACACAUCAUAAAAAGACACACACGCACUUAAACACACACUGAGAAUGAUGUACGUGUUCUUUUUUUUGUUUUUUUUUUCUUCGGAGAAGUUGACACCGAUGCAUUAAGUGUAUAACCGCACGAGACGUAUUGUGUAUAAAUUUUUCCGACGUGUCAAGGUGGCGCCUUCUGUCAGCCGUUUCUUUAUUAUUUUUUUUUUCUAUGGUCCCGGCCGCGAAAUGCGAGACCAGGUGACCCAACCGUAUGCCGCAACUGCUGCUUGCAUGCGAACCAUCUGUUCCUUUUUUUUAUGUGCAAUAACAAUACUAUGGCGAUCGGAAGGACGCACUGUGACUUUUAAAAGCUUUCGCGCAAAUCUCUUGACUGUUACUCGCCCCCUUGUAUAGAUAUCGCUAUUUCUACGCUGCCCCCCUCCCCCUUAUUGACAUAUAAUAAUGGCUUGCAUUUCCGCGUCUUCUCUUUUUUUUCUUUAUAUGUCGUUCUAUUUAAUAAUCGCAUGGCGCGUGGCAGUACAUACAUAACGCGGUGAGGUCGAGAAUUCUAGUGCUUGCCUUUCGCGUUGUUUCUUUUUUUUUUCUGCUUCUUCUUUUGCUGCGCUUCAAAAUUUGUUGCCACCCGACCCGCCUUCAAGUAAAGCGUUCGAAAUGGCUCUGCAUUAACAUGUUUUUAGUUCUAGAAAGCGACUACAAAAGAUUCUUUGACAAAUCUAUUUCGCCGAGUACAAGUCUGGCGUUAGCUGGUCCAGGGAAAGAAUUGUGAACACAUACCAUCGGCACUUGCUGUACAUAGUUUAUGCACGGUGGCUGUCGGUUUUGAGUAAAUCGAAGAAAUUUACUUAGAUGUUUGAAAAUUUAACACAUCUUGGCACUCGCUGCGUCGUCUCUAAAGUAACGACAUCCGUAGGUUUGUCCGACUCGAUUAAAUGAAAUUGCAAAGGGCUUCGAAUGGUUCACGUUUCUUUUUUCUUUUUUCUUUGAAGGACCAGACCGUCGUUGUAUCGUGGCUUGGAAGAAAGCUGGCAGGGUAUUACAGUGAGCAAGGAGGAGAUAUCAGGUGAUCUGACACCUGAUGUGCGCGCAACAGAUGAAUGAGAGUGCCGCGAUUUGUUUGCAGAUGACGAUGAAAGGGCGAAAUGUUUGGAAAUGUUCUUUUGUCUAAUAGAUUGCUGUUGCUUGCCAAAAUUGCGGCUAGUCGGAUGUUCACAGAGCGUCAGAGAGAACGAUAAUGCACAUUUUGAGUUUCGUUUGUCGCUGUUUUUAAUGCUUGUGUGACUCAUUAAGUGUUCCAAGUUCUGCGCUUGUGUCGCCAGCAUCGUGGAUGUUUGUUGAAUCACUGUACGCGCUAUCAAAGCACCCUUCUUUUUUUGUUGCUAAUGUUUUUUUUUUUUUUUUUGACCGGGGAGUGAGAGACUGUUUAUAUGAUGGUCCUCCACAUGAAGAAAAAAAAAAGGAAUCCCCAGUGCAUCUUGUUCUCAGUUGGACAUGAACUUUGUCUCAAGGUUGUGCAAAACUUGAAAACUCCUCUCCUCCUCAUCCACCUCCCUUCCCCUCUUUUAUUUCCCGUGCUGCUGACAUUUCACCAGGUUUCAUCUUUCUCAAAAACGGUGUCGCACAUUCCGCAAUAAAAAAUGAACUAUGACGAAGAAAGAAA